GACUUAUCUUGUUGCUGCAAGUAGAUCAUUUUCUCUUUCGUUUUAAUGGCGUCUACUUCGAGCCGAAUAGGCGGCGGUUCCAUGUACGGAUAUGCAGCCCCUUACAGAUCAAGGGAGGGUUUGACCACGAGGCCGGUGGUUAGUUCCGACGAAAUACAAUUGCGGAUCGAUCCGAUGCAUGCAGACCUGGACGAUGAGAUCACCAGUCUCCGCAGCCAUGUUAAACAAUUGAGAAAUGUUGCUCAAGAGAUUGGAUCAGAAGCAAAAUUUCAGGAGGACUUUUUAGAUCAGCUGCAAAUGACCAUGAUUAAAGCUCAAGCAGGGGUGAAGAACAACAUCAGGAGACUGAACAGAAGCAUAGUCAAGAAUGGCUCCAAUCAUAUUAUUCAUGUGGUUCUUUUUGCACUGUUUUGUUUUUUUGUUGUUUACAUGUGGUCCAAGUUGUCCAGAAGAUGAAGUUUGUUUAUGAGAACGCAGAGUACAUGAUCGGUAAUUGAAAAUGAUGCCUGACUGUAGUUACGUAACAUUCUCGUUC